GUCACUCUGACAACGAACAAAAAAUAAAAUAAUGAAUAACGAACUAAACUAGUUGUUUUUAGUGCCAAAACAGCAUUUCUUUUAUUUUUUAAGUUUCCCAAACAAACCAAGUGCAAUUCGCGAACGAUUUUAAGCAUAACAAGAUCGCUUCCGAGUCAAUCGCUGAGGAAAAACCCGUUUGUGGACCUGGAGCAGCGGGGGGUGGCCAGCGGUGGAGCAAGGGGGGAGUGGCUGGGGCAGGCGAACGAGGCGGGGAAAGAGGAGAAGCGAUAACAAGAACGACGCCGAAAAAAAGGUAGUUAACGAGUUGGAGUUGACAAGCUGGAAAGCAGUGGAAGGAGCGAGCGAGAGAGAGGGCGAGAACCUGGAACAGGUUACCCCUCCCCUUCCAGCGAGCCAGCGAUCCACCGAAGAACACAGAAUCUGCAUAAGUUCGAAUUCUUCGGGCAGAGCAGAGUGGACCUUUAGCGAGGAAAGCCCCAAGAUCGGAUGCUUUGGGAAGACAAUAGGAGAAACGCUGACAGAAGAAGCCCCCAGGACUCAGGCCUCUGGAAGGGCAAAUCAGAAACACCAAUUUCGAAUUCUUCGCUGGAAAAGUAAUAGGAAACCUAAGGAACGAAAGACCAAGAUCAGAUUCUUUGGGUAAAAAAUCAAAGAAACGACAAGUGAAGAAGCACCCAGGUUUGGAGUCUCUGGAAGGGCUAUAAGAAACACCAAUUUCGAACUCUUCGCUGGAAAAAUACCUGGAACCCUGGAAAGACCAAGAUCAGAUUCUUUGGAAGGAAAAUCAGGGAAAGUUCAAGCGAAGAAGAACCCAAGUUUCGAGCCUCUGGAAGGGCGAAUAAGAAACCCCAAUUUCGAAUUCUUCUCCAGAAGAAAACCCCAAGAAAUGAAGCCUCCCACCCUAAUAUACCCCCUGGUGCUGCUGCUCCUCCAUCCGCGCCUGGCCACAGCCACAUCCAGUGGCAAUCCCAGCGCCAGCUCCAGUUCCCCGCCAGAGAUCCCCGCCUUCCGCCAAUGCGAGACCAUCCGCAUAGAGAUGUGCCGCAAUAUCGGCUACAACGAGACCUCCAUGCCCAAUCUGGUGGGUCACGAGAUGCAAGCGGAUGUGGAGUACACCCUGCAGACGUUCGCCCCCCUCAUCGAGUACGACUGCAGCUCCCAGCUGAAGCUGUUCCUGUGCGCCGCCUAUGUGCCCAUGUGCACGCCCAAGGCACCCGUCCAUGCCAUUGGUCCCUGCCGCAAUCUCUGCGAAUCGGUGCGGAUACGCUGUCAUCCGGUGCUGCAGGGCUUCGGCUUCCCUUGGCCACCGGCGCUGGACUGUGAGCGGUUUCCGCGCGAGAACAACCACGAGACCAUGUGCAUGGAGGGACCCGGUGAAAUGCAUCAGCCGCAACAGGAUCAGGAUCCAUAUGGCCUGCCGGGACAGGGAAUGCCAGGCGGAUUGGGUGGAAAGCUGCCGCUGGAUUGCUCGGGCUUGGCCAAGUCGCAUCUGUAUGUCCGGCUACCCCGGUCGGGACGGUGUGCACCGCUCUGUGAGGCGGAUAUUCUGUUUACGCCGGCGGAGAAGCAUCUGGCCGAGAUCUGGGUCUCCACGUGGGCCUAUGCCGCCCUGGGACUGGCCCUGGUGGCCACCGUCUGUCUGCUGGCCAGCGAUGGCAGCCGCUUGGCCAGUGCCAAGUGGUCCAGACUGUUGUCGCCGCUCAUCUGGUGCCACAACAUGGUCACCCUGGGCUGGGCCGUGCGCUUCGUGGUGGGCCGAACGGGCACUGCCUGUGGCACGGAUCCCCAGGCCCCCAACGAAUCGCUGCUCAGCGUGGACGGACUGUCGAAUGCCUCUUGCGCCAGUGUCUUCCUCAUGCGGUACUACUUCGGGAUGGCCGCCUGCGCUUGGUGGGCUGUGCUCUGCUUGGGCUGGCACCGCGACAUUCGCCGGCACAGUCCCGACUCCAAGGGCCAUGUGGCCAUUCCCGCCAACUUUGGCGGCAGUCCAGCGAAGAGGAAUGCCAAGGCCGCCCAGCAGGAUGUAACGCAGAACAACUUCGUGUGCUUCGUGGCUUGGGGCCUGCCCGCCUUUCAAACGGCAGCCGUGAUCGUGGCUCGUUUCGUCGAUGCAGAUGAGUUGCUGGGUGCCUGCUUUGUGGGCAACCAGUCGGAUAAGGCUCUCCAGAUACUGGUGGCCACGCCUGUCUUUUGCUACUGGAUCUUCGGCUCGAUGAACCUGAUUUCCGGCUACCUGGUGCACUGCCGCACCAAGGAGAUCUUGAGGAACAGCAAUACUUUGAGCCUACAACAGCAGCUCCAGCAGCUGAGUGCCCAUAGUAGUUCGGGCAUUGGCGUAUUCCUCUUCAUCUACGGACUGGCGUGUGCCCUGCUCCUCCUGGCAGUCAUCUAUGAGUUUGCCAACAUCGAUGUGUGGCUGGGAUCGGGCGAUACGGAUACGCCGCUGUGGCCCUUUUUGGUGCGCGCCUUCAUGGAGCUGAUGCUGGGCAUUUGCUGUUUCGCCUGGGUCCUCGGACCGAGUAUAUCCACGCUGUACAAAAGGCAGGUGGGCAAUGGCAAGAUGGUGAAGCAGCCGAGCGCAGGGGGAGUAGGCGGAGGAGCUGGCCACCUGGACGGUCACAGCAGCUCGAGGGGAUCGCAUGCGGCUUGCAAUAGCACGGUGGUCUCGUACCAUUCGGUGCGGCCCUCGAUGGCCAGUGCACCGUUGCCGCAGAGUCCCUACAAGCUGAAGACCUCGCCGGGCGCGGGCUCCAUAUCGCUGAAUCAGAUGUCCAACUACUCGCUGGGCAGGAGCAUGCACCACCAGCAGCGCCACUCGCCGCAUCACCACCACCAGCAGCAGCUUCAGCAGCACCAUCACCAUCAUCACUCCUCGUCCUCGCAUCGGCUGUACUAUCCGCCGGGUAGCUAUGCCUCGCAAAAGUACAGCCAGCACGGCAGCUACUAUCCGCAUUUGCAGCACUACGGCGACGAGACGCUGCUCUAGGCGGGAUUAGGCCCGAUUCGGCCCCCGAUUUCCAGUCAAAUGUUCCUGCGGCAGCUGCUGUGCCAAAGUCAGUCCCAGUACCAUAACGUAAAGGGUCUUAGGUUUAGGGUGUCUCCGCUGCACAGCAAGUCGAAAGUGGGGAAGGGGAUUAGUUGUUUGUUGCACAAUGAUCGUAUAAUAACCAUAUCCCAACUACUCCUAGUUACGUUGCCCUGCUCCCCUAGAGAACAAUGCAUAAUGCCUAUAUCCUAUGUACUGUGUAUAUAACCCGGGAAAUGCCCUCUUACUUAGCGUAGGCCUCUAACGAUAGGUCAUUGGUCAUCUACCCCCCAUAAUGUAUUGUAAUUGCCCUUGAUGGGCGUCAUAUCCUAUUUUUGGUGUGUACUUAAUGUUGCUCCUAAUUAGUUGCCCCCUGCGACGCCUUUUUGCCGUUUUGGUGUAACCAAAUUCAAUAAUCGCUCUUGCCUUUUAGACAUCUAGUGCGUACAUAUUUAGCAUUUUUAUAUAACUAUUUUUUUUUUUUGUUUUGAGUUAGAGAGAGAAACACGCAGCAACCAAAUACUGUGAUACGCAUGUUCAUGUCUUCAAAAACUAGCCCUGAAACGGGGGCGCCAACUUGCUGUCUUCUACUUCCACUGAUGCCGAAACAAGUGUACUUAACAAACGAGAAACAAAUGCAAUUGCAAUCCUAGACGUAAUGCCUAAUUGUAUUCAGUGUGCCAUUAGCUUUAGGAACUUGACUGAGCAAGUCAAAAACACAAGAAUGCCUUGGGAAGGCCGUUGUUCGAAGGAACUUUGGGGUUCCUUGUUGUUUCUACAGUUUUAUCUUACAGAAAUCUAUUCCCUGGCAUUAAAAACUAUUUUUAUACAUUAGUUCUAUCAAAAUUCCUGGAAUAUCUUCUAUAAGAAAGCCUGUGUAUCAUCAAGGUCAUUGCCCUAAAGCUUCGGCGAAGAACGUAUGCCACGACAAGGCCUAAUUUUUAUACUAAACCCUUAUACAACUUGGGACUUUACGAAUCGUAUGGAUCCCAACUAACAGUAUGUGUAUUUUGUAUUGUGUACUUUUUUAUUACUAUAUAUGUAACUUAUUUGCUAGCGAAUAAAGUGUCGAAAAGUUAA